AUGAGCGUAAGUAAUCUCCCCAAUGCCACUGCCAGUACUAGUAGCUUUAAUGAAAACGAGAGAGAUCGUCUUGCGUUGCUGAAGAUAAAGUCAAAGAUUAUUCAUGACCCUCAAGGUGCCACGAGCUCGUGGAAUGAUUCUUCCCAUUUCUGCGAGUGGGAAGGUGUUACAUGCAGUCAUCGCCAUAGAAGAGUCGCUGCAUUAAACAUAUCGUCCAAAGGCUUGGUGGGCUCGUUGUCUCCUUAUGUAGGAAACUUAAGCUUCCUUCGAGACAUAAGGCUCUACAACAACAGACUUCAAGGUGAAAUCCCUCCUCAACUUGGUCAACUGAUCAGGCUGCAGAGAUUGUUCCUCACCAACAACAGCUUUGAAGGAGAAAUCCCAGCAAACCUAUCACACUGUUUCAGCCUAACAUACCUUCAUGUAGGCUACAAUAACUUAGUUGGGAAACUACCACAAGAACUUUAUUCACUGUCCAAGCUCAAACAACUUGUCAUUCACGCAAACAAAUUAACAGGCGGGAUCCCUCCUUCCAUUGCCAAUCUUACUUCUCUAGAAAGUCUCUCUGCCAAUCAAAAUUUGUUCACAGGAAGUCUUCCCAAUGCAUUGGGUCAAUUGAAGCAACUAAGUAAAAUUGGGUUAUGUCGCUAUAAAUUCUCUGGUAUGAUGCCUACUUCAGUUUAUAAUAUGUCUUGGCUUACUAUUCUCUCUUUGUGUGAUAAUCAAAUCCAUGGUAGUCUUCCAUCAAACAUCGGUUUGAUGCUACCUCAUCUCCAAAUGCUUCAAAUAUGGGGUAACCAAUUUUCUGGACCUCUUCCACUCUCAUUAUCCAAUUGUUCAGAUCUAGAUUGGCUUGAACUGGGACUCAAUAAUCUCAAUGGGAAAGUAGCCAUUGAUUUUGGAGGCCUCAAGUAUCUCUGGCGAUUCAAUCUCGACUCCAAUAGUUUUGGAAGUGGAGAGCCUGAUGAACUGAACUUCAUUAGUUCCAUGACCAACUGUAGCUAUUUGGAAAUGCUACGUAUAGGUGAUAACCAAUUCAGAGGGAUGUUACCAAAUUCUGUGGGCAAUCUCAGUAGACAACUUUUUGUGCUAUCGCUUGGUGGGAAUUUUAUACAUGGAAACCUCCCUUCAUCAGUAUGUAACCUUGUCAACCUGACUUACUUAAUCCUACAAAAUAACCAAUUCACAGGUACAAUUCCUGCUAAUAUUGGUAAUCUUCAGAAGUUACAAGAAUUGGACUUAGAACAAAUAAGUUCUCUGGAAAAAUUCCAUACUCUAUUGGAAACUUGUCAUUGUUGA